AUGAAUGAGAAUCAGUUAGCCAAUUUUACUGGUUCCCGUGGUCGACCUGCACUUAUAGAGGUACAUAAAAAUGCAGAAAAGGGUAUUAAAGGUCCUUGCUUGCUUCGAGCAUUAUCAAAAUUUGAUGUUGGCCGUUGUUUUCUCGUCGAUAGCUUACACAACAUCUACUUGGGUUUGUUUAAACGGCUUCUAUCACUUUGGUUAAGUCGUAAAGAUAAGAAUGAGAAUUGGUCUCUAUGGUCUCGAACAGACGAAUUGUCAAGUUUGUUGGAUAAAGUUCGCUUUUCAUCUACAACUACCAGACAUCCUCGUCCUUUUCAUAAAUUCUCAAAAUACAAGGGCAGUAAAUACCAACUUGUUUUACUGUUUGGUUAUUCGAUAUUUGAGAGUAUACUCAAACCUGAGUGUUAGGAUCGCCAUCUAUUAUAGAUGGACGAUCCUCCAUCUUUUUCUAAGAUCGAUAUAAAAUAUCGAUAUAUAUAGAUGAGGACAGAAGAAGUGAGAGUGGUACCAGUAAACGUAUCGGUGAUUUUUGUUUUUUUUGUUGAUUUUUCAUUUUCUUUUUUUCUUGUUCCUGUUCUUUUUGAAGAAGCUAGGUUCUCAUCAUUUUUUUGGUAAAAAUAAACAUCAACCGGGAAUCUCGAACCUAACAAUGGUGCACUAGCC